GUAUUUCAGCGGUAGGGCUGUCUCUCUCAGAAAGCAAGUCAGGAAACAAGUGAGCAAGAGUGUCUUUACGCCCAGCAGAUGUGCAGACGGUUACGAGAGUCAAAAUUUCAGCGCGUUCUCUCAUCAAGUGCGUCGUGACCAGGCAACUUGAGAAAGGCAGUUCAAGGAGCCGUCUGGUGGAUGGUUGGGAAGGGACGCCUCUUGAAGACCUCCAACCAGUUGCACAUCACUGAGGACUAGAAGCUGCCUUCUGGUGGGGAACCAUGUUUUCCAGAAAAAAGCGAGAACUAAUAAAGACGCCCUCCAUCUCCAAGAAGUGCAGAGGAGGGAGUCCAGUCCCCUCAAGCUCUUUGGAGCUGCCCCGGCGAGAGGGCCAGGAGUCGUACCUGUCCGGGCUGGCAGAGGCGUCCACGUCCGCCCCAACGGGCACGCUGAAGCGGCCCACCAGCCUGAGCCGCCACGCCAGCGCAGCGGGAUUCCCCCUGUCGCCGGUGAUCCCGCGAGGCCUCGCCAAGGGCCACAAGCCCCACGCCGCAAGCAGCCCCGGCGAGGGGAGCGAGGGAGGUCUGAUUGAGCCGGAGGACAUCCCCCAGCUGCUGGCCGAAGUGGGCUACUUCGCCGAGUGCCUGGAGAAACUGAAGGACGUGGUGCUCCAGGAAGAUGGCCUGGAGUCGCGGCGGCAGCUUGCCCACGAGUGUCUGGGGGAAACCUUACGGAUUCUCCGACAGGUCAUUAACAGGUACCCUCUACUGAACACUUUGGAGACCUUAACAGCAGCAGGAACGCUUAUAUCAAAGGUCAAAGGGUUCCAUUAUGAAUCCAACCAGGAGGCCGACAAGCGGGAAUUCGAAAAGGCCGUGGAGACGAUGGCGGUGUCCUUCAGCAGCACAGUCUCCGAGUUCCUCAUGGGGGAAGUGGACAGCAACACCCUCCUCUCCAUCCCUCCCAGUGAGCAGAACCAGUGUAUGGAAAAUUUAUAUGGAGGAAUUACUGGCCAUGGUCCAGAAAUGGUGCCAGAUGGCAAGAAAGACUUCAGUUCAACCCGUCUGUCGGCAGAAGAGGUGGAUGUCCUACUCCAGAAAUGCGAGGGAGGGGUGGAAGUGGCCCUUAACUACGCCAAGAAUGUCUCCAAGUAUAUGAAGGACCUCAUCUACUACCUGGAAAAGAGGACGGCUCUGGAGAUGGAGUUCGCGAAGGGGCUUCAGAAGGCGGUGAACACCUGCAAGCAAACCAUCACGCAGGUGCCUUUCAUGCCGUUCUUCUCUAUCUAUUCUCUGGCGUUGGAGCAAGACAUGGAAUACAGUGUCAGCUCUCUGCAAGCUGCCUCCACAUUGCGAACGGAAACGUUCCUGCAGCCGCUGACAUUAAGGCGUCUGGAGCAUGAGAAGCGUCGGAAAGAGAUCAAGGAACAGUGGCACCGGGCCCAAAGGAAGCUGCAAGAGGCCGAGAGCAACCUACGAAAGGCCAAGCAAAUGUACAUGCAACGCUCGGAGGAGUGUGAAAAAGCCAAGCAUGUGAUGGCGAAAGCAGAAGAGGAGCAGCAGGUGGCCGGCAGUGGAGGGGCCACCACCACCAAGUCCCUGGACAAGAAGCGGCGGCUGGAGGAAGAGGCCAGAAACAAGGCCGAUGAGGCCAUGGCUACCUACCGGACCUGUGUCGCGGAUGCCAAUACGGAGAAGCAGGAACUGGAGGACACCAAAGUGACAGUCCUUCGGCAGAUCCACGAGGUGGUUAGGCAGAGCGACCAGAUCAUCAAAUCGGCCACCAUUUCCUUCUACCAAAUCAUGCACAUGCAAACUGCCCCGAUGCCCGUCAAUUUCCAGACGUUGUGCGAGAGCAGCAAACUCUACGAUCCCGGGCAACAGUACGCCUCUCAUGUCAAGCAGCUGCAAAGAGAGGAUGAACCGGAAAUACACUACAACUUCGAACCCUACAUGUCGCAGAACAGCUGGUCUCCGGUGGCUCGCUCGAGAAAGGGCAGCAGCAGUGCCAGCGAGUUUGCGGCCGCCGGCAGCUCCGAUGCAGCCGGAAAAGAGGGUGCAGCCCCCGAGAGCAACGUGGCUGCCAAUCCGGGCACACAGGUGGCACCUGAAUGGCGAGGUGGGCGGGGUCACCAGGUCCACAAAUCCUGGCCGACAGCCAUCACGGAAGCCAAGGGCAGGCCGGAGUCAUGUGCCACGAGCUCAGGCGAAUUUCCUCAGAAGUACCAGCAGCUGCCGACCAAUGGAGCCCUGUCGCCCAAUGACGAAUCGGAUGGAAAUUCGCCUUCCUUUGAUCAGAGUAUCAGCGACAUAAGCCCUGGAAUAUCAGUGCCGAGCGGCCCCUUCCGGAACGUUGGCUUAUCCAAGGCGGCCCAGACCCACCGGCUCAGGAAGCUGCGAACCCCUUCCAAGUGCCGUGAAUGCAACAGUUACGUAUAUUUUCAGGGAGCUGAAUGCGAAGAGUGUUAUUUAGCCUGCCACAAAAAGUGCCUGGAGACGCUGGCCAUCCAGUGUGGGCACAAGAAACUCCAAGGCAAGCUGCAGCUUUUUGGACAGGACUUUGUCCAGGCUGCCCACAUCAGUUCCGACAGCAUCCCCUUCAUCAUCAAGAAGUGCAUCUGCGAGAUCGAAAGGCGGGCCAUGAAAACCAAGGGCAUUUAUCGUGUCAACGGGGUGAAAACCCGGGUGGAGAAGCUCUGCCAGGCCUUCGAGAAUGGCAAAGAGCUGGUCGAGUUGUCUCACGCCUCCCCGCAUGAUAUCAGCAAUGUCCUGAAGCUCUACCUGCGACAGCUCCCGGAACCCAUCAUGCCCUUCCGUAUGUACAACAGCCUCAUGGGCUUGGCCAAGGAGAGCCUGCAGAGCGGACCAGAGAGUAAGGCUGGGAAAAACGUGCCUGAGCUGGUGGACAAGGGCGCCGAGACAGAGGAGGUGGUGGUGACGCUGGUGACCAAGCUGAGAGAGCUCCUGAAGGGGCUUCCGGCGGAGAACUUGGCUACGCUCAAGUACAUCAUGCGGCACCUUCGGAGUAUCGUGGAAGUGGAGCAGGACAAUAAAAUGACCUCAGGCAACCUGGGCAUCGUGUUUGGCCCGACACUCAUGCGCCCCCGGCCCACCAAGGCCACCGUCUCCCUCUCUUCGCUGGUGGAUUAUCCCCACCAAGCCCGCAUCAUCGAAGCUCUGAUCAUCUUCUACUCAGCCAUCUUUGAAACCGGUGGCACAUUUCCAGAGGGCUCAGAAGAAGAAGCUAAGGAGGAGCACCUGGCCAAGAAUCAGGAAGAUGCUUGUGCUGAGCCGCAGGGAGUCCUCCGUCUCAUGAUGAAUGCCGAGCAGGAGCGGGCAGCUCUUCAUGACGAGUCUUGCAGAGCUUCUGGCAGCCGCUUUAUUGACUCCGAUUCCGACCAAGAAGGCACGGAGGUGUGUGGCGAAGGCACCCCACAGGCAAGCUUGGAACUGCGAAUCAGCGAGACCAGUGGAGAAGAGGAGACCGCUUCCGCAGAUGAGGCCAGCGAAGAGGGAAUGCUGAGCCGAACAUGCAGCGCCGGCCAGUCGGACUCCGAGGACGUCUCGCCCCUGCUGCGGGGCCCAGCUCAGGCGGAAGGCGGCGGUGAUGCGGAAGAGGACGGCGUCUUCCGGAGGGAGGGCGACGAGGACAACCGUGCCGAGCCGGUGGACAGGUCACUAGCAGACCGCAAUGCCAACCAGUCCAACAACACGCGCCCCGCGCACCUGCCGAUCGGCUACAAAAUUUUCAAGCAGUAAGUUCUCUCGGCCUUCAAAACGAGAUGAUGCAAAAAGGAACUGAAAGGACAAGCAACGAAGGAGUUGUGCACAAAGACCAUUUCAAUUCUGUCCUUCUCUUCCUCUGGUCUAAAGGAGAACAGGUUACCUUUGGGCCUGUCUUUAAAUUCUCCGCAUGAGAAGGGAGCAGACCAAAAUGAUGCAGUGGGGCAAAAGCAGAUGGAGCAUGUGAUGCUCCUGCUCAGAGCCACAGAGAAAGGGUCUUUUUGCGGCAUGCAAUAAAAGCCCUGGAGGCAAACGAAGUGCCAUGACUUCAGGUCUCUUUUCCAAAACUUUAUAGAAACAGAAACCUGAAAAAACCCCAAAGAACUCUGAGUUCUUUAUGUGAAGAAAACAAGUUUUCAUUACUUUUAUUUUUAAACAUCCAACCCAUUUAGGACGAGCUGUUAUAAAACCAAGGUACAAAUGGGUGGUUGGUGAUGGGGACUUUGCUGAAUUAGAGGGGACAUGAAUUGAUCUUUCCCUAAUUGUGCUCCUCUAUAAUUUUGUGGAUAUGUACUGUAAAAUAAGCCCCUUUCCCUCACACCUGUCAAGGAAGGAUGUGUUUUUCGAUUGUACAGCUCCACUUUUUCUGUUCCUCAGGAAAAUGUACACUUAGAGCUAGAAAUACAGGGAGGAGGCGUUGAAGGCAUCUAUUUUAUAUGGCUUUCACUAAGAGAGCUGUCCAAAUGCUGAACAAAUUGCACUUCACAUCCCAAUAGGGCUUCUAAGAGUCACCGGAACAGUUCUGGCAAAAGAUUCAAUCAGGCCGAUGUGCACGAAGAACAUUUUUUACCGUCAGGGGUUUUUUUUCUUUGUUUGCAACAAGGACUUAACAGAAUUGCAAAGGGUCUUUCAAGAUUGUAACAGGGUUCUCAUUUCCUUUUGGCUACUUUGGAUGAAUAUUUCUCCUUAAGAAAGGAGCUCCGUCCAAGAAUCCAUGCCUUCGGGAGAAGGCUAGAACGGUACCUUUGUCUUUAUUUUAUUUUGGUAAAAGGUAGAUGGGCAAAUUAAGUGUUGAAGUGAGUAUCUUUGUCCUGCACUGUAACUCUCCCUCCCCCCUCCCCUAUAUCUAUCUAUCUAUCUAUCUAUCUAUCUAUCUAUCUAUCUAUCUAUCUAUCUAACAUAAUAGCAUGGUAUACUGCUUUUUUCUUUUGAAUGGCUGUCCAUGACUCUGUACUGCGGUGGAUUUUUAAAGGAUCACUAUAAAAAUGAAAUAAAUUCAUCACAAGUAGAAUGCA